AUGGAUUGUUUAAUCCUUGUGUUGAACAAUUUACUCUCUGUUUUGUUGGGUCUCAUAGUCCUUGCAUUAUUUUGGAAGAAUCGUGGAAAAGAAAGCAGCAGAUCCCGACUGCCGCCAGGUCCCACCCCAGUUCCCAUCCUAGGAAACAUUUUCCAGGUGGAUUUAAAACAACCCUACAAGUCAUAUUUAGAGUUCAGUGAGCAGUAUGGCUCAGUCUUUACUGUGUGGCUUGGUCCCAAACCAGUCAUUGUGCUGGCUGGGUAUCAGACCCUAAAGGAAGCUCUGGUGAACCAAGGGGAGGAGUUUGGCGGCCGCGCUCUCUAUCCUGUACUCCUCCAAGUCACCAACGGUUACGGGCUGUUGGCAAGCAAUGGAGCCCGGUGGAAGGACCUGCGGAGGUUCUCCCUGAUGACCCUGAAGAACUUUGGGAUGGGGCGCAGAACCAUUGAAGAGAGGGUACAUGAGGAGGCCGGGUUUUUGGUCAAAGCCUUCAGUGACCAUGGAGAUUCUGCCUUCAACCCACACAAUUUGUUAUGCAAUGCCGUGUCCAAUGUCAUCUGCUCCAUCGUCUUUGGCAAGAGGUUUGAAUAUGAUGACCAGCAGUUCAAGUUCCUCCAGCAGGGCAUUGAUGGGUACUUUCAUUUUCUCAGCAGCUCCAGAGGACAGUUCUUCAACGUGUUUCCCAGACUCACCUGGUUCCUGCCUGGCCCUCACCAUGAGGUCUUUGGGCACCUUGAGAAGGUCAAAGCUUACUUUGAACAGGAAGCCAAAGAUCGCCUCAGCAACCUUGACAUCAACUCCCCUCAGGACUACAUUGAAGCGUUCCUGGUCCGGAUGCUGGAGCAAGAAAACAAGCCUGGCAGCGAGUUCCACUUUGACAACCUGGUCAACUCCAUUUGGAACCUGUUCUCAGCAGGAACAGAGACCACUUCCUCCACACUGAGGCAUGGCCUGCUCCUCAUGAUGAAGUACCCGCACAUCCAGGAGCGGAUUCAGAAGGAGAUUGAUGAAGUCGUAGGUUCCAGCAGAAGCCCCUCAGCCCAGGACAGGCCGAAUAUGCCCUACACUGACGCUGUCAUUCAUGAGAUCCAGCGCUCUAUGGACCUCAGCCCUACCUCCGUGCCUCACAAGAUGAUGAGGGACACAGAAUUCAAGGGCUACUUCCUUCCUGAGGGUACGAUGGUCCUGACUCUGUUGUCCUCUGUCCUCUCCGACCCGAAACAUUGGAAAAACCCGGAUGCGUUUGACCCAGAGAACUUCCUGGAUGAGAACGGGAGAUUCAAGAAGAAUGACGCGUUCCUGGCAUUUGGACUGGGGAAGCGUGUCUGCCUUGGGGAGGGGCUGGCCAGGGUGGAGCUGUUCCUGUUCUUCUCCUCCCUGCUCCAGCGGUUCUCCUUCAGAGCCACGCAGCCCCCGGAGGAGCUUGACGUCAGCCCCACCUGCUCAAGCUUCGGCCGGCUGCCGCGCACCUACAGCUGCUACGCUCGACUCAGAGAGUAG